UACCGCGGUUUUAGCAACGCGUCAAAAUGACUGCUAUAGAAAUAUUUUCAAGCUCUGUCAAUUACAAAUAUAAAAGUAAAAUAUGUUCCAUAAGCUUUCUCGUAGUACUAUUUUUUAUAACGCUUUCGUUCCUUUCGCCAUUCUGUAUUAUUUAUAACGCGGGAGGUUUUUCUGUGAGGAAUCGCGUGUAUGCAGAAACACCUGAUACAUCAUUUAACUAUAAAUACAUAUUGUUAGCAUACAGGGACUACAAGAUUAAUCCUAUAGUUUGUUCAACAUUCACAACGUACAAAAAUAAUAAAGUUACAGAUGACUGUAUACUAGUAAAGGUGCAAGAAAUAGAUACAAACAGUGAUGGAAUAAAAGAUAUUUUAAAGUUUGAGGCUCAGUUUUAUACAGAUAAACCAAUCAAGUCUCUUAAGUUGCUACUUUUCUUCAAUUUUACAUUGAAGGAACUAUUCCAGGUGGUAAUGGAAUCUAUUGCUGUGUUGAAUCACAUGUUAAAUGAUGAAGUUCAGAAAGUUCAGUUUUCUGGAGAUUUAACAUUGGAACAGAAAGGUCUUCUAAAUAGCGAAGGUUUAUACAAAAUGUAUAAUCAUAGCAUAGAUGUGGCUGACUAUUCGUUAGAGGAAUUACUUAAACAAAAUGCAAACAGAAAGUUUUCAGCCAAAAUAAGUAAUGAACACGUAACAAGUCGAAUAGGAUUCUCUAAGGAAGAUACAGUAGUUGUCCAUGGGGAACUAAUGUAUAGGGGACAAUUAAUUUACUAUCAACCCAGCAUCUGGGAAGAACUAAAAUGGACAUGGAUCCAGUAUUUAUCGUGUCUCCUUGUUUUUGCUUACAUAGCCAAACAUAUAUUGAUUUUCUUAUUUUCAAAUAAGUAUUUGAACUGUUAUAUCAUGAUUCCAUGGAAAACUAAAUAA